AUGGUCUUUAAGCCGUUCAAACCUCCUUCAAUAAGGAAACCGCCUCAGUCUCAACCUUCAAAACCGCACACUACUGAACCCUCAGCCGAAUCCCAAGCUGAAGCUGACGAUGGCCCGGCGCCGAAGCGGCCACGCUUGUCAACAACCACAACAAAGGAGAAUACGAAUGGUGCUGGAAACGCCCGGCCUGCGAUAGCGGGCUAUCGGAGGCCUUUGCUCCAGGUGAGCAAUGUUAGUACCAGUGAGACUUCGAAAUCUGGUUCUGGAGCUGGUGACGGGGUUCGGGUUGGUUCGUCUGGGGAGAAGUAUUUUAAUGUGCUUUGGCGAAAACCCACAACGAAGAAAAACAAAACCUGGGACGGCGACGGGAUCGUCUCAACGCGGGACGGCUAUGCCUAUCUGCAGGAUGUCUCGGGGAGGGAGAUGGGUCGAGCGGCGUACGCAUCUACAUCCGCGCUAAAGGAGGGCGUGAUCCUCUCGAUUGGAGGGAAGGAGGUCGAGGUUGAUUCGGAGAUCUCGAGGAAGGAGUUUAUCUCCGGGAUUCUAGGGACGAACAAACACGAAACACUAUCACCGUCAGUCACAGAGCCAGCUCCAGCUCCAGCGCUAGCGCUACGGUAUUCGCCGAGGAAACAGCGAGUACCAGUGAAAAGGCCGUCUGUUUCUGUGUCGAGUACUACUAGUAAUCGGGACAAGAAUGCAUCGCAGACCCGGGCCAAAGAGAGUCGGCCAUCCAGUUUAGCGAGCCGGGGCUCCGUUUCGGGUGCGUUUAAGAAACCCUUACUUGAGAAUACGGUUAUGCCUGUUACCCCGUCCGAAGAGCCUACCCCACGCCAUGACCCGAAGCAGCCCGGGGCGUUGAUAAUGCCGCGGCCUGCCUCGGUGCCCAAAGGGAAACGGAUUGUGGAUGUUGUUGUUGAUCCUAUCCUGAGUAAGCAUUUACGGCCGCACCAGCGAGAGGGUGUGAAGUUCCUAUAUGAGUGCGUUAUGGGGAUGAGGUCGUUUAAUGGCGAAGGCGCGAUUUUAGCUGACGAUAUGGGUCUUGGGAAAACCCUACAAACUAUAGCUCUGCUGUGGACCUUGCUGAAGCAGAAUCCGGUCUAUGAGAGCGCGCCAGUCAUCAAGAAGGCGCUGAUUGUUUGCCCGGUCACGUUAAUCAAUAACUGGAGACGAGAGUUUCGGAAAUGGCUUGGAAACGAGCGCAUUGGUGUCUUUGUCUUUGACGAUAAGAGGAAGCGAUUGACGGAUUUCACUAUGGGUAAAGCGUAUAGCAUUAUGAUUGUCGGCUAUGAGAAGUUGAGGACAGUCCAGGAGGGGCUAGCUCGCGGCAAUGGAGUCGACAUUGUCAUUGCGGAUGAAGGGCAUCGCUUGAAGACGCUUCAGAACAAAAGCGGACAGGCCAUUCAGUCACUCAAUGCUAAUAAGAGAGUUAUCCUCUCCGGAACUCCCAUCCAAAACGACUUGAAGGAGUUUUUUGCCGCCGUGGAUCUUGUCAAUCCCGGUAUUCUGGGGUCGUUCAAAUCCUUUAUCAAGGAGUUUGAGGGCCCUAUUGUGAGGAGCAGGCAGCCUGAAGCCACGGAGAAAGACAUCGAAAAGGGAGAAUCCAGAAACGAAGAGCUUCGAGAACUAACCUCAAAGUUCAUGCUGCGGAGGACGGCGGAUAUUCUCGCCAAGUACCUGCCCCCAAAGACAGAAUACGUCUUGUUCUGCAACCCUACCAAUACGCAAUCGAAGAUCUACCAGAAUGUGCUUGCUUCGCCAGUUUUCCAGUGCGCCAUUGGCAACUCCGAGACUGCCUUGCAACUCAUCACCAUCCUCAAAAAGGUGUGCAACAGUCCUUCUCUGCUUUCGCCAAAGAAUGUCAAUGAGACACCGAGCGAGACCAUCUCCGCCCUCCUAUCAUCACUGCCGCCGAACCUCGUCCGUCACUUCUCCCCAUCAUGUAGUGCGAAGAUCCGCGUCUUGGACCAACUCCUGCACCACCUACGAACGUCGACCUCCGAAAAGAUCGUUCUCGUUUCGAACUAUACCUCAACCCUAAACCUCCUCGCCAACCUCUUACACUCCCUCUCCCUCCCUUUUCUCCGCCUCGAUGGCUCAACCCCAGCGCAGAAACGCCAGGGCCUAGUCGAAGACUUCAACCGCCUCUCACCAGAUCUCUGCUUCGCCUUCCUCCUCUCAGCCAAAGCAGGCGGAACCGGCCUGAACCUGAUCGGCGCCAGCCGUCUCGUCCUCUUUGACGUAGACUGGAACCCAGCGACAGACAUCCAAGCCAUGGCCCGCAUCCACCGCGACGGCCAAAAACGCCACUGCCAUAUCUACCGCAUCCUGCUAAAGGGCAGUCUCGAGGAGAAGAUCUGGCAGCGCCAGGUCACGAAGAUCGGGCUUGCAGAUAGUGUUAUGGAACGUAAAGAUAGCGUCGCGCAGUUCUCCCGCAAUGAACUCAAGGACCUCUUCAGGUUGGAUGUGGAGAGUAGAUGCCAGACGCACGACCUUUUAACGUGUGAUUGCGGCGGCAGGGGAUACACAACAACGACCCCGGAUAGCGAUGACACGCCAGCAGAAGAAGAUCUAGAAGAACUUAGCGAAGAGAACAACGACGGCAACGAAUCAGACAUAUCCCUCCCCGACCUCCCAACCCUCAUGAAAGCCUCUGAGGUAGAUAUGGAAGAGCAAGAACGGCUCGUCAAAGAGAGACCCAGCCACCCAAGAUCCAAAAAUAAGAAUAAGAGCUCUGACGGCCGCACCGGCAAUGGCAGCAGCAACAGCAAACAAAAAAUUCAAGAAAGUCUCUCACACUACACCCACAUCGACCCCUCGCUGUUCCUCCCCGCGGCCUCAACGACUGAACAAGAACAACCCGAGGGACUGGACCUAGACCAGACUAUCGACGACGAAGUCUUGCGCUCUCUACUAAGGGACGAGGAGAACCGGAUCCAUUAUAUAUUCAAGAAGUCGACAAAGCCUGAGGUCAAAGAGGACACUGUCGAUGUUUCUAACGCUGAAAAUGGGAGGGCCAAGCCUAUAAAAGGAGCUGCGCCUGUGACUGCGGUUGGAAACGGCACUGCGGACUCUCCGGUUGACUUAUCAGAUUAG